CGUGAGGGGGCCGCGACGAGAGGCCAUUGUGGCGAGGGAGGCCUUGGGAGGUGGAGGAGUGAAGCCGCUACCGCGGGACCCAAGCGCCGAGCCGCAGGAGCAGACGAUCUUGAAAACUGCCAGGUCCUUGGGGGGAAAAAGCUACAUGACACUGCAACAUGAGUGACAGUAAAUGUGAUAGUCAGUUUUACAGUGUUCAAGUCGCAGAUUCCACAUUCACUGUACUAAAACGGUACCAACAAUUGAAGCCCAUAGGAUCUGGGGCUCAGGGCAUUGUUUGUGCUGCAUUUGAUACAGUCCUUGGGAUAAAUGUUGCGGUAAAGAAGCUGAGUCGUCCUUUUCAGAACCAAACUCAUGCAAAAAGAGCUUACAGGGAGCUUGUUCUUUUAAAAUGUGUCAAUCACAAAAACAUAAUUAGUUUGUUAAAUGUAUUCACACCACAGAAGUCAUUGGAAGAAUUUCAAGAUGUGUAUUUGGUUAUGGAACUGAUGGAUGCUAACUUGUGCCAGGUUAUUCAUAUGGAGUUGGAUCAUGAAAGAAUGUCCUACCUUCUCUACCAGAUGUUGUGUGGUAUCAAACAUCUCCAUUCAGCUGGUAUCAUCCACAGAGAUUUGAAACCCAGCAAUAUAGUAGUAAAAUCAGAUUGUACACUCAAAAUCCUUGAUUUUGGACUGGCAAGAACAGCAUGUACUAAUUUUAUGAUGACGCCGUACGUAGUAACACGGUAUUACAGAGCACCGGAGGUUAUCCUAGGCAUGGGAUACAAAGAGAAUGUUGAUAUCUGGUCAGUUGGGUGCAUCAUGGGAGAAUUGGUGAAAGGUUGUGUGAUAUUCCAAGGCACUGAUCAUAUUGAUCAAUGGAAUAAAGUUAUUGAACAGUUAGGAACACCAUCAGCAGAUUUUAUGAAGAAACUACAGCCUACUGUGAGGAAUUAUGUAGAAAACAGACCGAAAUAUCCGGGUAUCAAAUUUGAAGAGCUCUUCCCAGACUGGAUAUUUCCAUCGGAAUCUGACCGUGACAAAUUAAAAACAAGUCAAGCUAGAGAUUUAUUAUCAAAAAUGCUGGUAGUAGACCCAGACAAACGAAUUUCUGUAGAUGAAGCCUUACGACAUCCAUAUAUCACGGUCUGGUAUGAUCCAGCUGAAGCGGAAGCACCUCCUCCUAAAAUCUAUGAUGCACAGCUGGAAGAAAGAGAACAUGCCAUUGAAGAAUGGAAAGAAUUAAUAUACAAAGAAGUAAUGGAUUGGGAAGAAAGAAGCAAGAAUGGUGUGGUAAAAGAUCAGCCCUCAGAUGCAGCAGUGAAUAGCAACACCAGUCCUUCCCAGUCAUCAUCGAUCAAUGACAUUUCAUCCAUGUCAACUGAGCAAACAUUGGCUUCAGAUACAGACAGCAGCCUUGAUGCCUUGACAGGACCCCUUGAAGGAUGCCGAUGAUCAGCCAGGAUUGCAGACUUCACAUUGGGAA